UUCGCUAUCAGCAAAAACCAUAUAAUAAAAAUUAAAAAUUACAUUAAAACCUAGUUUUCGAUCAAAACUCUCUCUCUCUCCCUCAUCGUCUCUCCACCACCAGAUUCUCCGCUCUCUCCUCCGUCAAACCAAGAUCCCAGAUCUCCGAUCUAUCUCCGUCGCCGUCGAUUGAUCCUCCGCCGUUUCAAACUUUCUCCUCGUUGCUGCCGCCCCCCCCCCUCCCCUCACCGACACCGUCAGUGAAGCUGGGGGAUACGAUACGUCUUUUGAUUGCGUUUAUUAUACAUUCGAGAUGGCUUCAGAAGGAAAAAUGUUAUUUGAUCUUAAUGAACUUCCUACGGAAGAUGAUGAUGGUAGUGGUGUGAAUCAGCCUCAGAAGGCUAUCCCAUCUGCAAGCCCCAAUACUUCUACUGGCUUGCUGGCAACACCUCAAGAUAAAGCAAACAGCCGAGUGUUCUUGCAUGCGUCUACGGCGUCUGGCUUUCAGCCUUUUGUCCGCCCCUUGGCUUCUCAACAUACAGAUGUAGUGGUUGAACGGAAGACAGACGAGUUUGCUUACAAGGAAGCAUCAUCAUCAGUAGUUCCGGAUGACGCUGGAGCACCUGAGAGAGAAGAAGGGGAAUUGAUGGAGUCUGAGGCUCCUGCUAGUGAUAGUAUCGAUUGUAAAGGUAUGGCGAUGCCAGAAACUGGCGUCUCUUCUGAUGAUUCUAAAGUUACAGAGAAAGGUUGUAGCACAGUAGGAUUAGAUGUUGCCUCAGACUCUGGUCUUCAAAAGAGGAACGUCAACCUGAGUUCAGAAUGCAGUGGUAAAGAUAGUGCAUCUAUAGAUGGUGGUCCGCAAGAGCAGGGUUUAACUGUGAAGCAGAGAGAAACGAAAGGAGUUGAAGCAAGUCAUGCAAUCAAGUGCGCAAAUACCACUGUCAAAAGAAAGUGGGAUCAACAGAAAGAGACCAUGUUGGGAAAGAAACGAAACAGGCAGACUAUGUUUCUCAACCUGGAAGAUGUCAAGCAAGCUGGCCCUAUUAAGACCACAACACCUAGAAGACAGAAUUUCCCGCAACCUGUUGUCACACGCACAGUUAGAGAAUCUCGCGCAGGGGCUGAGCAAGGAACGUCUGAACAGAAGUCAGAAUCUAAUGGGGAAUCACAACCCGGAUUGGUUGCUAAAACUAGGCGGAUAAACGGGGAUGCAGGACCUUCUUCAGAGGGGACAACGACAUCCGUGUCAAGGCAGGGUUCAUGGAAGCAACCGGCAUAUUCACAGUCGAAGCCUGGUCAGUCGUCAAGUAGACAAGUCUCCUUGCGCAGUCAAAGUUCUGCAGACUCAAAGUUCGGAAACAAGAAGCUUACGUCGUUCAAGAAGCCAGUCACAAAUAGUACUCAAUACCAAGAUACAUCUGUGGAGCGUCUUAUACGAGAGGUGACCAACGAAAAGUUCUGGCAUCAUCCAGAGGAUACUGAGCUCCAGUGUGUUCCUGAGCGGUUUGAAUCCAUGGAUGAGUAUGUUAGAGUGUUUGAACCUUUACUUUUUGAGGAGUGCCGGGCACAGCUUUACAGUUCAUGGGAAGAAUCAUGCGAGGCAAAUUCAUACAUGAAGGUCAGAAUAAAGUUUGUGGAACGAAGAGAGCGAGGUUGGUAUGAUGUGAUACUUAAUUCACUAAAUGAAUGUAAAUGGCCAUUCAAGGAGGGUGAUGUUGCAGUUCUGUCAACACCUGUUCCUGAAUCAGAAGGAGAGCAUGAGGAUGGUGGACGUGUAGCUGGUACAGUUAGGAGAUAUAUACCUGUUGACACUCGAGAUCCCCAUGGAGCGAUUCUCCAUUUCUAUGUUGGAGACUCUUAUGACUCCGGCAGCAAUGUUGAUGAUAAUCAUAUAUUACGGAAGCUUAAACCGAAGGAGAUCUGGCAUCUGACAGUGCUUGGUUCGCUUGCAACCACACAGAGGGAAUAUGUUGCUUUGCAUGCAUUUGGUCAGCUUAACCCACAGAUGCAAAAUGCAAUUCUCAGACCCAGCCCGGAGCAGUUUCCUAAUUACGGUGAGCAAACUCCUACAGUACCCGAUUGUUUUACUCCGAGCUUUGCUGGCCAUUUGCAUAGAAGCUUUAAUGCUCCACAGUUGGCUGCAAUCCAUUGGGCUGCAAUGCACACUGCAGCUGGUACCAGCAGUGGGGCUAAGAGGCAAGAUCCAUGGCCAUUUACUCUUGUCCAAGGCCCUCCUGGAACAGGCAAGACACACACAGUGUGGGGAAUGUUGAAUGUCAUCCAUUUGGUUCAGUAUCAGCAGUAUUACACUUCCUUGCUGAAGAAAUUAGCUCCUGAAAGUUAUAAACAAGUUAAUGAGGGCAGUUCAGAUAAUAUUGUGUCUGGGUCUAUUGACGAAGUCCUACAAAAUAUGGAUCAGAACCUAUUCCGUACUCUACCAAAACUGUGUGCGAAACCAAGGAUGCUCGUUUGUGCUCCUUCAAAUGCUGCGACCGAUGAACUUCUCUCACGUGUCCUUGAUCGUGGUUUUAUUGAUGGGGAAAUGAGGGUUUAUCGACCUGAUGUUGCUCGAGUAGGUGUUGAUACUCAAACUAGAGCUGCUCAAGCAGUCUCUGUGGAGCGGAGAAGUGAUCAGCUAUUAGCCAAGUCCCGUGAUGAAAUUCUAGGACACAUGCACAACCUCAGGUUACGAGAAGCUCAGCUCUCUCAAGAAAUUGCUGGACUUAAAAGGGAACUUACUGCUGCAGCCUUCACUAAUCGUUCGCAGGGAUCCGUUGGUGUUGACCCUGAUGUUCUUAUGGUUAGAGACCAGACCAGAGAUGCAUUGUUACAGCGCCUUUCUGCUGUGGUGGAAGCCAGAGAUAAAGAUCUUGUUGAAAUGUCUCGCCUUCUAAUUGUUGAGGGGAAGUUUCGCGCAGGUAACAGUUUUAACCUUGAAGAAGCUCGCGCAAGUCUUGAGGCGAGUUUCGCGAACGAGGCUGAAAUUGUUUUUACAACCGUAUCAAGCAGUGGUCGUAAACUGUUUUCUCGUCUUACACAUGGCUUCGAUAUGGUGGUCAUCGACGAGGCUGCCCAAGCUAGUGAAGUUGGAGUUCUUCCUCCACUUGCUCUUGGUGCUGCAAGAUGUGUACUCGUCGGUGAUCCUCAGCAGCUUCCUGCUACAGUUAUCAGCAAAGCUGCUGGAACCCUGUUAUACAGCAGAAGUCUCUUUGAAAGGUUUCAGUUAGCAGGCUGUCCAACAUUGUUGUUAACUCUUCAGUAUAGGAUGCAUCCUCAAAUUCGUGAUUUCCCUUCACGAUAUUUCUACCAAGGACGCCUCACUGACAGCGAAAGUGUUACCACUGCUCCUGAUGAGAUUUACUACAAAGAUUCUGUACUCAAGCCUUACCUUUUCUUUAACAUCAGUCAUGGACGAGAAUCCCAUAGAGGUGGAUCAGUUUCUUACGAGAACAUUGAUGAAGCUCGCUUCUGUGUUGGACUUUACAUGCAUCUUCAGAGAACUCUUAAGUCAUUGGGUGGGGGUAAAGUCUCUGUUGGGGUGAUAACUCCAUAUAAACUGCAGCUAAAAUGCCUGAAAAUGGAGUUUGGAAACGCUUUGGGACCAGAUGAAGUGAAAGAGAUUUAUAUUAAUACCGUAGACGCGUUUCAGGGUCAAGAACGUGAUGUCAUAAUCAUGUCAUGUGUGCGUGCUUCCGGUCACGGGGUUGGGUUUGUCGCGGAUAUACGACGGAUGAAUGUUGCUCUCACACGUGCCAAAAGAGCUCUAUGGGUGAUGGGAAACGCAUCUGCUCUGAUGAAGUGUGAGGAUUGGGCUGCACUGAUCACGGACGCCCGAGAAAGGAACUGUUUUAUGGAGAUGGAGUCUCUUCCCAAGGAUUUCCCGGUACCUAGCUUUAUCCCUAAAGCGCCUAAUGCUAGAGGUUUUAGGCCAGGUGGGUCAAGGACCAGAUCAAUCGACAUGCUGCAUAAUGAGACAAGGUCAGGGACACCAUCAGAAGACGACGAGAGGCAGCAGCAGCUUAGCGCAAGGAUGACGACGUUUCCAAGAAAUGGUAAUUUUCGAAGGGAGAAUUCAGUAGUUGAUGAUUCUGAUCAGUCUUGGCAACAUGGGACGAUCCAGAGGAGGCAAAAUUUUGGACGGCCUUUUGGGAGAAGAGACUAAUUUGUAAGUUACCAAGUUUGGGAUGAUUUGUUUGUCUUACAAUAGUUCUUACCGAGUAAUCUCCAUACCCCCACACUGGCCAGUUCAAUGUGUUGGCGUUUUGUACAUAUAAUCUUUUUUAUAUCAAUGAAAAAUCAUAUAUUCUUUAAA